AUGAAGUUCGUGCCGGCAGCCGGUGAUGCCGGCGGGACCGGUUGGAUGCCGCCGCUGGAACCGGAGCGAGGGCUCCCGCCGCGCCGCGUCCCCCCCGGGACGAGCAUCUCUGGGAAUUGGCAGCGGGAGCGGAGCGCGGCGCUGCAGCUCUCUCCCCACACAGGCGUCGUGCCCUUCGUGGCGCUGCUCCUGCUGCAGCGGCGGCCCGUGGCCGGCCGGGCGCUGCUGCUGAGCGGCUCCGGCUGCCCCGGCCACGGCUUGUGCCGCUCCAACGUGCAGGAGCAGACCCGCAGGCAGGUGGCCCUGCUCAACGCCACCGCCCAGGAGCUCUUCAGCCUCUAUCUGAAGUGCCAGGGAGAACCGUUCAGCAGCGAGAGCGACAAGCUCUGCAACCCCGCCGGCAUCUUCUUCCCCGCCUUCCGCGUCAACCGGACCAGCGAGAGGAAGGAGGUGAUGGUGGCCAUGUACAAGCUCUUCGCCUUCCUCAACGCCUCGCUGGGCAACAUCACGCGCGACCAGGAGGAGCUCAACCCCAUGGCCAAAGAGCUCCUCGAGCGGCUCCACAACACCACCAAGACCACCCGAGGCCUCAUCUCCAACCUCACCUGCCUCCUCUGCAAGAACUACAACAUCUUCCAGGUGGAUGUCAGGUACGGAGACAGCUCCAAGGGCAAGAGCGCCUUCAAGAAGAAGCAGCAGGGCUGCCAGGUGCUCAGGAAGUACGUGCAGGUCAUCGGGCUGGCGGCACGUGUCCUCCUACCUCAUCUCAGCCCCUCAUGAGCGCCGCCCCGGCGACGCUCCUCUCCGCCGCUGGCCGGCCCCACCGCUGCCUCCUCAACUCCCGCCUUCCUAUUUAUUGCUCGGACCCUGCGCAGGCCCCAUCCGCCCUCCGCUAAUUUAUUGCCCCUUGAAGGGGUGAACGUCGCAGCCCGGGAUGUCCCGGGCAGAGCAGAGCCAGCGCCCAGCAGGACGAGGCAGCGCAUCUGCGAGGAGCAUGGGCUGGUCCCAGGAUGUGCCUCAGCCAUCCCCGCGCUCCCGUGGGGUGUGGGGAGCCGUGGGGACUGGAGGCAGGGCCGGACUCUGUCCCCCACGGACAGUGUCACCACGCAGAGCAAACGGACAGAUGCCCUUGAGCACCGUCUGAAAGCUGUCACUUCCCUGGAAAAAGGAUUGUGAGGAAGGACAUUGGGAUGCAGUGGCUGGCAGAGACGUGGGGACGUGGGGACAUGCUCCUCCUGCACGUUUUAAGGCUGGGCUCCCCUGCAAGGAGCCAGACUGAGGGUACUGGUGGCCUGAGCUUGCUGGGGCUGGGUCCCACCAUCUGGGACAAGGCCACCUGUGUGGGACAGUCACCCCACUGUGGAGCAUCACCCCCCGCGCGGGCACGGCGGGGCACGGAAUGUCCUCUCCUUUGGAAAAGCGCUUUUCCCACUGGGAGAGCUCUGAAUGUACGAACGGCCAAGAGCUGGGCUUUGCACGGCUGCAUGCAGCCCUGGCGUGGGGACGUGGGACACGGGGACACGGGGACAGGGCACACAGGGACAUGGGGACAUCAUAGGGAUGUGGGACACGGGGACGUGCGACACGGGGACAUGGGACACAAGAACAUGGGACACGGGGACAUAGGGAUGUGGGACAUGGGGACGUGGGGACACAGGGACACAGGGACGGGCCCCAGGCCGGUGGCAGGUGGCGCUGGCUCACUCCUGCACCAGAGCAGGCUGUGAGGUUUAUUAAUUACUUCUGGAGGUUUAUUAAUUACUUCUGUGGAAAGCACAGCAUGCACUGAGAACUGACUUUUAAUUAAUUUUAUUAUUGAUAAAAUAAUAAUUAAUUAUUAUUAA